GAUGACUGAUUUGCCUCGGAAUGCGGGAAUCAUAUGAUGAUUGGAGGGCUUAGUGGAUUGCGAUGAUGCAAUGACCGUCGUCGACUUGGUAUAUAGAGCAUAGUUGGUCCUGGCUAGUGACUUGCCUGUCAGUCGACUUAUUGUCACUUGAAAUAGAACUCUAUCUAUCCAAGAUACAAUCAUCACAACCCCCUCUUUCCUCCCAAAGAAAAGAACCUAGAAGAUAAAUACAGCACCAUGGACCUCGUCCAGAAAUACGGCCACCUCAAGCGCGACCGCCGCAAGAGUUCCGCGCAGCGCGAACUGGCUGAGGCGGAGAGGCAUCAGGAUCAGCAGCGAAUCAACGAGCUGUUAGGCAGUUUCGGGGGCGCGGCCAACGACCACCCGGAUCGGCGAUCGAGCGGGGCGGGGAAUAUGGCGAGUAUGAUCCAGGAGUUUAAUGCGCGGUAUGUUUCUUCACUGACUAGACAAAUGUUCAUUGGGUUGUGGGAAAGUGGGCUGAUCGGUGAGCUGUGAGCUUAGACGGAACUCGGAGUCGAUGGGUGAGCGUGAGCAUGAGCUUGGGGAGAAGGGGACGGAGCAUGCCGUGGAGUGAGGCCUUUUUGGUGAGCAUUUCUUUUAUGGAGCG